GUACGCAGGUACCAUAACUUGUUGAGAUGAGGUGCGUGGCAUAAAAAAACAAUGAUGACUGCAAGCGAGAUUUUUCGUAGUAUCUGCUUGAACAGUGGGUUUUGGGCGGCUGUUUUUCUAGGGUUGGUGGUCUAUUAUGCAAUAUUUUACCUCACCACGUUUCGCCAGUAUCCGAAAGGAACCAUUCCGUUACCUUUAAGUCUCGAGCUCAUUUACCGGUAUUCUAGAACCCCACAACUGUCGCGACUUUUGGCCAGCCUACAACAAAAAUAUGGAAAUCUCUUCACGUCCUGGGGUUGUGGCAAACCUUAUAUUAUCGUCAGCGAUUGGGACCUAAUGAAGGAAGCACUGGUUUCCAAAAGAAACCACUUUUUAGGGCGACCUCAAAACAUUACUGCAAGGAUGAUGAAUGCUGGCUAUGCGAACCUCGUUUUUAUGGACUACGGACCAGAGUGGGAAGUCCUUCGCAAAUUGGUACAUUCUGCGAUCAGGAAGUACGUGAUGAGUGAAAAGCUUGCCAACUUGGUGCCAGAACUUGUAGAUGAAGCAGUUGACCGGAUGUUGGAAGAAAAAAUGCCUUUUGAUCCGCUAGAGCAUGCAAGAUUGAUAGUCUCAAACAUUCUUGCAGGAAUAGCAUUUGGGAAAAAGUUUCAUGCAUCUGAUCCUGAUUUUAUUGUCAUCAAAAAUGCUCCAGAAGUUAUCUAUUGGGAGCUCAGAAAUGGUCUUCCUAGUGACUUUUUCCCAGCCCUGAGAUUAUUUUUUCUCCACCGAGAAUGGAAAGUCAAGAAGGCCUAUCGAGAGUUUUUGGAUGUCAUACAGAAGCAGUACACCGAACACUGUAAAACAUAUGAAGAUGGAAAGAUCAGAAAUUUCACUGAUGCAGUAAUUUGUGCUCGAGAAGAAGCAGAGCAGGAAGAAAAAGACUGUUUAAAAUAUCUUUCAAUAGGAAACUUGGUUCUUGUUCUCGCAGUUUUAUUUGGCGGGGGAGUUGAUACUACACUAACAGCAUUACGAUGGAUCCUGCUGCUUCUUGGAAAUUCUCCUGAAAUUCAAGAUAAAAUUGAAAAGGAACUUCGAACUUCGAUUGGUGAUCGAUGUGUUGUUCAAACGGAUAAAGCGUCUUGUCCUUACACGUUUGCUGUAGUCAUGGAGACUCUCAGGUUUGCAAGUGUGAUUGGGUUGUCAUUGGAGCAUGUGUCGCUUCUCCACACUGAAUUAGGGGGUCACAAGCUUCCUAAAGGAACAUCUGUGGUUUUUAACCUUUAUUCAAUACAUCAAAAUAAAGAACACUGGGGUGACCCAGAAAACUUCCGACCAGAGAGAUUUCUUGAUUCAGAAGGUCAACUGCUCUCUCAUCAACUCACUCAUUAUGUUCCCUUCGGUCUCGGUCGACGUCAGUGCCCUGGUGAGAAGCUGGCCUAUGUGAACCUUUUCUUGAUGCUUGCUCGAUUAAUUCAACGCUGCAAGGUCUUCCUUUCAACGGGGCCAGGAACGGCUAAUACAGACCCAAAACCCAUUAGCGUCGUUACUAUGCCAAGGGAUUACAAAGUAUUUCUGGAGAAAAGAUGAUUUCUUAAAUAAGAAGAGUUAAUCAUUUACAAAACAAAGGAAUAAACAAAUAAAAAAAACUUGCUGGAAAAUAGAAAAUAAAUAUAAGCAUGGAAUAAGUUGUAAGCACUUUCAAAAUGUCAGGAAGAUAAACUACAAGAUAUUGUAUUCCUAGAUUUAUGAGAGAAAUUAACUGCUAUAUUCUAUAAUGUAUAUUAUAUGUUAUAUACAGUUUUUGUUUUCUCUAGGGUUCGUUAAAUUCUACUGUCCAUUAAUAAACCUUAGUGAGUUAUGUAACGAUGCGCACGUGCUGAAUAAGGCAAAUUAUUUUUUUUCGUUAAAUACAGAACUCAACAUACAGGUUGGCUGAGUUAUAAAAAUGAUAAUAAUUGAAAUGUUAUUUGCACUAGUCGUUUAACAUAUAACGCCUAAAAAUGGCGAAGCAUGUCUUAAAGAAAAUACAUUUUCAGGCUUACUGGAAUGUUAUAUCACUCUUACUACCGAAAAUAGAGCAAUAUCGGUUUCAGUUUUAAUUAAAGCAAGAAACCAUUGAUAUGUGAAGAUAAAGAAAUUAUUUGUUUAACAUUAAGAAGAAUUUGUGCUGUUUUGCCUUUAUAUUUACUACCACAGUUCGAAACCACAUAGCUCAAGAAACAAGUUAACUUCACUUGUCGUUGUUUCGGUUAUGUUAAACUUCCGUUUUACACAGUUACAAGGUUAGUUUAUAAUAUUAUUAUAACAUGUUUGUUCCCCACGUGAUAUUGUGAUCAAAAGGCAAGAAUUGGUAUGUGUGUAUUGUCUAUGUUGUAAAAUCUUUAGCUUGAAAUUUAGAAUUAAGGGUUUGCUGUGUUUUAAAUGUUAAGCCAUAUUUAAUUCGUAAAUUUUGUAUCUUAUACAUUGUUUAUCGAAAUUAUUAAUGCCUUAGCAAUCACUUGAUUCUAGUAGUUUGAUAAAAAAAAACAAAGACACAAUUGUAUCUCAAAUAGCUGUUGAAUAAUAUUCGUUCCAUAGUUUAGGGUUGUGUGGUAAUUUUUUAUUGUGUGAAAUGUAAUUUUUAAGUUGUUUUUAAAUAUACUUCAUCAAAUGAUUUUCGUUACGUUGUUUAUCGUAGACGAAUUUUUUAUGUAGCUUCAGUUUUCAAUGCUGUGUUUUAUCUUCUGUUUAAUUAACUAUGGUCAGUGACUUAUCUUCAACGAGAUAGAGUGCAGCUUAAUGAUUAGCAGAUCAUGCUACAGAUCAUUAGCUCCAAUGUUCAAGUAGGGAUAUAACGCCGAACAAGCUCUGUAGUUUCAUCUGAGGAGAUGUUUAACUGACAAUCAAUCCCACUAUUCGGUUAAGAGUAGCAAUAUAUGUAGCAGGUGCUGCUGACUGAUAGCUUUCCAUCAAGUCAGCUGUUUUAAACUAGAGAAAUUUAUUAUUGUAUCGUGGAUAAUUUCAAUAAAUUAAUGUAUUUGUAAGGGAAUAACAGUAAAAUAAAGUUCAUGUAAAAAACAAGCUUGUUUGUUUGUUGAAUUUCGCGCAAAGCUAGUCGAGAGCUAUCUGCGCUAGCCGUCCUUAAUUUUGAAGUUAUAGAUUAGGGGGAAAUCAGCUUGUCGACAUCAUUUAACUCCAUCUCUUGGGAUACUCUUUAUUAAAGAAUAGAGGGAUUGACCGUCACAUUAUAACAUCUUCUUAAAAACAAAUGAAACGUGCGGUAUUAAAUGGGUAUUGGAUUUAAAGCAAGCACAGAUUAUCAGAUAAAAAAAAACAUUAAUAAACUUGAACAACAAUAAACUGUUUUAUUAAUGAUAGUAACAAAAUCACAAAUAUAUCCAGCUAUGAUAUAGAAAUGUAGUCCCUCCUCUGGUGGCUAAAAGAUAAGCUUGAGGGCUUAUAACACUAAACUCCAGGGUCCGAUACUCGCGAAAAAUACAGUGCAGAUAGCUUAUUAUAUAGCUUUACCCUAAAAAUAAACGUACGUAAGUAAACAGCAAUAAAAGGUAUAUUAAAUAUAAUGUGCAACACAACACACAGUGAUUCUUUGUUCUAAUAACUUAUAUGCAAGUUUCCGUAUAAUACUUUUUAAAUAUAUAAUAUAAUAUUUGUUAGAAAAAAUAAGUGGGAAAUUAUUUAAUUCUCUACAAACAAUGCUAUUGUUUAAGCUAAGUAAAUUGUAUUAUUACACAUAUAUAAUCUAAGGAUUACUUAUUUGUUACUUCUCCUUUUAAAGAUAAACUUAAUUACUUUAGUGAGAAGAUAAAGUAGUGAUAGAAUAGUGUAAUAUAUUUAACUCUAACGUCAGGCUUAGCAUUGUUUUAUCAUUGUUUACAGUCAACUAACUGACUUAGUUAUAAGUCAGCCAUAACGAAAUCCCAAGAACAACUUGGAAAGUUUCUGCAAUGAUUAUUUAUGGAAAUUUAUGUAACAAUAGAAUGAAUUAUGGGAAAACGUAUGGAAUUAUUCUAUGAGAAAACCACGAUACUUUAUGUGUGGAAUUGACAAUGUUAGAAAUAUCAAUUACGAACAUACUUUGUCAGCUGCGAAGUUUUGUAUAUUUUCAAGUAAAUGGUCAAUGUGAUCUAACAAGCUCUAGCUUACUCAUGAACUUGAAAUCAAACUAGUUGUAUGACAUAAAGAUAGUUGUCCAUUUUCGUUAAUUUAUUUUCUGAGUAAAACAAUUUCAUCCAAUAGUCACCUUCUAUAGUCAUAAUUUUACUAUAAUUAUUUGCUGCAUCGAGGUUGAGAGAAAACUCAUUUUGGGAUCACCUCUUGCUUUGCGGAAACUGCUGUCCAUGGUCCGAGUUAUAUGAAUCAUGUGGUGUUUUAUUAUUAUUAAUGUCCAGUUCUUAGUUUUCAUUUAUUUAAAGAUACAUUCUCUGUGCUAGUUUGAUCUCAAACUUUCCUUUCUGCUGGUAAAUUUUAAACAAUGUAUUACCAAAAGUAGCUUUAUAUAAUCAAACAAUGUAUUA